AUGGCUAAAACAAUAAACCUUGUAAUUAUCUGCCUCUUCUUCAAUCUCUUAUCACUUGUAAUAAUCUCAAGUGGUUUAAGAUUAAAGCUCACUCACCGCGAUUCUCCGAACUCUCCUUUAUACCAACCAAAUCUCUCCGAUUUCGAGAGAUUCAACAAAAAUAUCGAAAUUUCUAAAGCACGCGCUUCUAAUUUCUUUCACCAAUUUAAACCCCAAAACGUGUCCUUGCGGGCCCCACUGACGUACCAUGAACCUAUCUACACCGUCGAUAUAGGCCUCGGCACACCCGCCGUUAAAAGAACAUUCAUCUUCGACACGGGGAGCCACCUCACUUGGACACAAUGCAAACCUUGUAUCAAAUGUUUCAGACAAAAACAACCCCUCUUCGAUGUUAAAAAGUCCGUUUCCUACAAAUUAAUGCCUCGAACGAACAAACUCUCGAAGGGCUUCGAGUGCAGCCACAUUGGAUGCGUCUACGGUGUGAAGUACUACAGCGGACAAUUUUCAACCGGGGUUUUGUCGCUCGAGGAUUUCACGUUUGGAACUAGUGCGGGUGUUCCUCGAAGAAUUCUCAAUAUGGUUUUCGGUUGCGGGAUGAAUAAUCAUGGCAGUUUUGGCGAAAAGAAUGUGGCGAGUGGGAUUCUUGGAAUGGAUAAAGAGCCGAUUUCAUUUGCUCGCCAGCUCGGAGCACGGAUCAAGAAUCGGUUUUCCUAUUGCCUGACGAACAUAGACUCGGGAAAAAUCAAGGAAUCGUACUUGAGAUUUGGCGAAGAAGCUGUAAUAAAAGGAAAGAACACUCGAAGCACGCCUUUCUUAAGGUCCACACCACACGCGCACUAUAUGUUGAAGCUAACCGAUAUUAGCAUCAGCGGUCGAAAAUUGGGACUAACACAAGGUACAUUUCCAGAGGGUUGUCUUAUAGAUUCGGGCUCAGCUAUCGGUCUUUUGAACGAAAAGGCUUUCCUCAAGGUGGAGAAAUUCUUGACGGUUUACUUUUCGAGAUUUAAGAAUGUAAGAAGAGUUGUGGGGAAGCAAGUUCCGAAAGGACUCAUUUGCUACAUGAAUGUUGUCCCGACCGGAAGUUUCUUCGCGAAGUUGCCGAAUAUGACGUACCAUUUUGAAGGGGCCGAUUUCGAUGUUCCAUGGGAGAAUACUUUCGUGGUGUUUGCAAAAGGAAUGUUUUGCUUUGCGGCGAUGAAGUCUCAAAAUGCGACGAUUUUGGGAGCUCAUCAGCAACGGAAUGUGAGGGUCGUGUACGAAUUGAGAGACGAUAAGUUGUCAUUUGCACCCGAAGAUUGUUCAAGAGAUGCAAUUUGA